CAAUGGGCGCGUGUCUCCCGGAGCGUGGCCCGUCCUGCAGCCCCAGCCCCCUGGGACUGAGCUGCGGGGCAGCCCAGCCCUAUAAAAGCCUGGGCUGCCAGGGAGAGCAGCUCAGGGCUUCGCUGCUCCUCACUGGGUCAUGCCAAAGCUUCGCUCAGGUCCUCGCAGACACCUCAGACCCAUGGAGGUGCCCAACACCAAGCUCCACAGGGCCUCCUGCCUCCUGCUCCUGGCACUGCUCUGCUCCCUGGCUGCACCCCGGCAGAGCGUGCCCAUGUGCUGCCGCCAGAAGACCUGCCCCUGCCGUGUCUAUGACCUGCUGCAUGGCUUGGGCAACCACGCCACCGGCAUCCUCACGCUGGGUAAGAGGAAGAGCAGCUCGCGGGCCUUCCAGAGCCAGCUCUACCGCCUGCUGCACGGCUCGGGCAAGCACGCCGCCGGCAUCCUCACCAUGGGCAAGCGGGCACAGCUGGUGCCAGAGCAGCCAGCCUCAGCCUGCCAGGCCGUCUCCCCCAGCAUGGACGUCCUGCUGCCUCCAGCCAUGUGUGCCGCCAACACUGAGCCUGCCAGCACCAGGGAGUCCCAGGGACAGCUGGACAAGGACUCUGCCAAGGGCCGGAGCGGGGGGGCUGCAAAGAGCUUUUCCUGAAGUGGCCGGGGAGGGGCAGGGAGGAACCACGG